UAAUCUCGAAAUUUUCGAUGACAUCUGACGAGGCUCAAGGUCUGAUUGAUGACAGCAGCAAGUUCAAAGAACUUAAAGACUCUACCAGAGACUUUAUCAAUCGUGAAGAUUAUUCAGAAAUAAUCAAGGAUACCUUCAUAAAGGUGAUGGAAAAGCUUCUUUCUGAGCUUGGUUUCAAGCCAACAUGGUCUGAUUAUAGCAGUCUGUGGGGGACUUAUGAGACAGAGCUUGGCACAAAUGAAGAGAACAUGAAUGAUCCUCAGAUAUUUUUGAAAUACAGCAAAGAUCUAGUCCAAGAGUUCAUCUGGCUUCACUCAUAACAAUCUAAUUGUCUUAAAAUUAUUGAAAA